AUGUCCGCAAAGAAGACGGGCGUCUACGAAAUCAUCAGCGCCUCCGCAACGGACGCAUACGCUUCCAGCAAUGCGAUCCUCGACGAGGGCCUGGCACUCAUCGCCACUCAAACAUCGCACCCGAUCCUGUCUGGGCCACAGAUUGAUGCCACCGCAGAUGCGCCCAAAGUAUCUGUCUUCAUCGGCUGGGACAGCAUCGAUCACCAUCUCUCGGCGCGCAACUCGCCAGAGUACGGCCCACUGAAGCCCGCGCUCGCCAAAGUCUUCGCCGCGUCGUCCGCACCUGAUGUUAUCCACGUUGUCUUCUCCCCCGACCCCUUGCCCGCUCUUCGUGCGCCGGCAACAGAGAUCGCAUGGUUCACGGCCAAGGAGGACAAGAACGAUAAGGAGACUGGAGAUAAGAUCCUGGGUGUGGCGCGGCGCGUUGUUGAGUUGCUUGGCUCCCGCGGCAUCGUUGCCACUGCUGGCCAGGUAGUUGAGCGGCCGGGACAGGUCGUCUUCCUCGCAGGUUGGGAGACACUCGAGGCACAUCAAGCCUUCACUGCGAAGAAGGAUCCCGCGUUUGGCCCUCUUGUCCAGGAGCUGGGCGGGAUAGCAAGUGUCAACCUGGGCCAUUUCGCAUUCAAGGCGCACAGCGGUGUGCCCCAGAGCAGCCUAUGA